GCUCCCCGCAGCCUAUUCUCAUCCGGGGUCACGUCGAUCUUCCGGGUGUCUUUGACAGGGUUCUCUACGCCGCUUUUUCUGCGACUUUUUGGUCUUCCGCUUUUUGCCACCGCCCCCAACCUUCUAAAUCCUUGCGGCCCCUAUCUUUUAUUGUGUUACUCCUCCCCUGGCAGCCGUGCCGGGGGUUAGAUCGCAGGCAGGGUCGGAGCUGGGCCUAGCUGCCCCACGGGCCAGCCACUACCUCCUUUGGUUUGAGAGAAAGCUACGACCGAGUACGCCCAGCCGUCCCAGCUCGGGCCUUGGAACUUCUGAGCGGGCAGUGCGGGUAGGCCCUCCUUAGUCCUUCCCGGAGAACACCUGUGAGUUUAGGGGGUUUCGGAGAGGAACGCAGCGGUGUAGGCCCAGGUCGGGGGCGGGGCGCGGGAAACUUUUUCCGAAACGGUAGCGUUUUGUUUUGCGUGGGAGGUUCCGGCAGUAUCUCUUGGUUAUUCCAAGUUUAUGGGCGGCCCUUGGGCUGCUUGUACAUUUUGAAGAAUCUUAGGACCGCUUACUUUGCUUACUCGUUUUUCUGGUUCUCGCGUACUCCCUCGUCCACCACUCCAGGACCAAAAGAGGAAGAUAGUCUUGGGACCCCUGCAUGGUGUUUCAAAGGGUGGUAAAGAACUAAGGUAGAAGAAUACAUGUUCACUUCCAGUGAACAAGAGCAUGUUCCCAAACUCAAUUUUGGGUCGCCCACCCUUCACUCCAAAUCAUCAACAACAUAAUAACUUCUUUACCCUAUCACCUACUGUUUAUUCACACCAGCAGCUUAUAGAUGCACAAUUCAACUUUCAGAAUGCGGACUUGUCUAGAGCUGUGUCAUUACAGCAGCUGACAUAUGGAAAUGUCAGUCCAAUACAGACCUCAGCUUCCCCAUUAUUUCGAGGAAGGAAGAGAUUAAGCGAUGAAAAAAACCUUCCUCUUGACGGUAAACGGCAACGUUUCCAUUCACCCCACCAAGAGCCAACUGUAGUUAACCAGAUAGUGCCUUUAUCAGGUGAACGAAGAUACUCAAUGCCGCCAUUGUUUCAUACACAUUAUGUACCAGAUAUAGUCAGAUGUGUUCCACCUUUUCGAGAAAUACCAUUUUUAGAACCUAGAGAAAUCACACUGCCUGAGGCCAAAGAUAAGUUGAGUCAGCAGAUACUGGAGUUAUUUGAAACAUGUCAGCAGCAAAUAAGUGAUUUAAAGAAGAAAGAACUCUGUCGAACACAGCUGCAGAGAGAAAUUCAGCUGUUAUUUCCACAAAGCAGACUUUUUUUGGUUGGGUCCUCUUUAAAUGGAUUUGGAACCCGGAGCAGUGAUGGUGAUUUAUGCCUAGUUGUUAAGGAAGAACCAUGUUUUUUUCAGGUAAAUCAGAAGACUGAAGCACGGCAUAUACUCACCUUAGUCCAUAAACACUUCUGUACUAGACUUUCGGGCUACAUUGAGAGACCUCAGCUGAUUCGAGCAAAAGUGCCAAUUGUGAAGUUCAGGGAUAAAGUCAGUUGUGUGGAGUUUGACCUGAAUGUAAACAAUGUUGUUGGAAUAAGAAACACAUUCCUUCUCAGAACUUAUGCAUACCUUGAAAAUCGAGUUCGUCCGUUAGUGCUGGUGAUUAAGAAGUGGGCAAGUCACCAUCAGAUAAAUGAUGCCAGUCGUGGUACUUUAAGCAGCUAUAGUCUUGUAUUGAUGGUUUUGCACUAUUUACAAACCCUACCUGAACCCAUCCUUCCAUCCCUCCAAAAAAUUUACCCAGAAUCUUUUAGUCCUGCUAUACAGCUGCACCUUGUACAUCAAGCUCCAUGUAAUGUUCCUCCUUACCUCUCAAAGAAUGAAUCAAACCUUGGGGACCUCUUACUGGGCUUUCUUAAAUAUUAUGCUACAGAAUUUGACUGGAAUAGUCAAAUGAUUUCAGUUCGUGAAGCCAAAGCCAUUCCGAGGCCUGAUGGUAUUGAAUGGAGAAAUAAAUACAUCUGUGUAGAAGAACCUUUUGAUGGAACAAAUACAGCCAGAGCAGUGCACGAAAAGCAGAAAUUUGACAUGAUUAAGGAUCAAUUUUUAAAGUCAUGGCACAGAUUGAAAAACAAGAGAGAUUUGAACAGUAUACUACCUGUAAGAGCUGCUGUCCUGAAAAGAUAACUGGCCUCUAUUUCUUAAUAAAUUCUUCCAAGAAAUAAAGAACAAUAGUUUCAUCGUAAUACAUUAUGUUUACCUCCAUCAUAAUUGCUUUUUUCAUAGUUCUUGUUUUCAUUUUUUAUUUUUAAAAAGACAUAUAAAGAUUGCAUAUUUUAUUAUGACAUUUCCUAAUAAAACCCUUUGAUUUAAAAAUAAAAAUGUAUUUUUGAAAAUGUUUACAUUGAUGAUUAGUAAUAUUAUGGCAUGCGUUUUCAGGUGAUCAGAUAAAAUAUAUUUUGCGAAAUUACCUGAACAAAUAAAAAGUUUUUGAUACAACUUCAAUUAAUUGUAACACAUGCUAAUCCUGAAGAGAUGUGUGGAAUUUUGGAAGGGGUCUAAUUCAUACAUGCUUAAAGUCUAACCUACAUUAGAUAGUUUGUUGUCAAAGUCUGUUCUAGUAAAGUGAAGAUUCAAGUCAGUUGUUCAGUUACUUGAAGCAAAACGAAAUCAUUUCAGUCAAAUCACUGCAGAGUCAUGAAAUACUGAACAAUUGCCUUAAGUCUUUGCUUUGCUUGACUCACUGGGAUAGACUGAGGCUUUGGGUGUUGUCUGUAUUAGCAUUUCAUUAGUACUUCACAUGCUUUUGAUGUACUCUUGAGAUUGCUUUAAAUUUUGUAUUGAAACAACAAUACAUUUUGCACUGUAGUAAUAGGAGCACUAACUCUUAAAACAGUUAGUGAAUUGUUUUAAAGAAUCAGUUCAGUGUAGACAUUUUGAAAAGAUUGUUUCCUGUGCUUUAUGAUAUCUUAGUACAACGUGCACUUCUGCUUUACUUGCCGUUUUCCUGCUCUAUUUUCUCUGUGACAUGAAGCAACAGAAACGGAGAGAUCAAAGUUAAGAUUAUAUCCUGUUUGUAGUAUCAGAUAUUUUUCUGUGUACAAUUAUAGGACUGUAAUCUAAACUGGAAUUUUUAGACAGUAAGCCACUACAAAAUGUUUUAGAGAUGACACAAUAAAAUUAUUAUAAAUAAAAGCUCAAUAUUUGUAAAAAAUCUCUUUUUUAGUAUUUCUUUUUUUACAUGAAAGAAGUAGUGGUGGCUGCUAAACAAAAAAAGCUACAGUGUUUAUUAAGGUUGUUUUUGAUUUAUGUAAAUAUUUGUAAAUUGGUCAGUGCCUGUAAAUUUAAAUAUAAAAAGUAAUCUUGAAAACAGUUUUAACUUUUUCAAAAGGACUAUGUCCAACAUUUUUUAGACCUGCUGUAGUACAGUUUGUACCUCUAACGUAUUUUUUUUUUCACAGACCAAAUGCUAAAACUUUUGCUUUUCUUUGACUUGUAAAAGGUGCACAUUUUCAUUUUCUUUAAGUUCAAAUUUUUGUACGUCAAAUGCAAUAAAAUUUAUAUAUGGACA